AUGGCCUUCCUACAAAAUUUCCAUCUAAGUCCCGGUCAAACAAUCCGUUCUACAAGAGGUUUCAAAUGGAAUUCAGGCCCAAACCAGCAACAACAACAACAACAGCAACAAUCACAAGAAGAAUUACCGCCAUCAAGUUCACCUUUGAGAGCCAAAGAAAACAACGCAAGACCUUUCAAUGAUACCUCAAAUAAUAAUACUGUCUAUGGCGGUGACCCACUAUUAACUACACCUAUUAGAUCUGAACCUCAACUUCAACAGCAACAGAAUGUCACAGAUUUCAAUUAUACACCAUCUCAUCAAAAACCUUACAUUCAACCACAAUCGGGCACCACAGUAACGACACACCAAGACAUCAAACAUAUCGUAGAGAUGACGCUAGGAUCCGAAGGUGUUUUAAACCAAGCGGUAAAAUUACCUCGUGGUGAAGAUGAAAACGAAUGGUUAGCUGUCCAUUGUGUGGAUUUCUAUAAUCAAAUAAACAUGUUAUACGGUACGAUCACUGAAUUUUGUUCCCCUCAAUCGUGUCCUCGUAUGAUCGCCACAAAUGAAUACGAAUAUCUUUGGUCCAAAGGGAAAGGGAUCCCUCCGGUGUCAGUUUCCGCUCCUAAAUAUGUGGAGUAUUUAAUGAGGUGGUGUCAAGAUCAAUUUGAUGAUGAAGCGAUUUUUCCAGCGAAAAAGGAUGGAGUUUUCCCAGAGAGGUUUAUUGAUAAGAUUAUUAUUCCGAUUUUGAGGAGGUUGUUUAGAGUCUAUGCUCAUAUUUAUUGUCAUCAUUUCAAUGAGAUUUUGGAGUUGAAUCUUCAGACUGUAUUGAAUACUAGUUUUAGACAUUUUUGCUUAUUUGCUGAGGAGUUUAAAUUAUUGAGGCCUGCUGAUUUUGGUCCAUUGUUGGAGUUAGUCACUGAACUAAGGGAUAGGUAG